GUUGUGGGCAAAAACAAAAUUUCUCAUUAUUUUAAUGCCUUAAAUUCAGUUCAAGUCGGGCUUUGAAACACAAAACACAUCAGGCGGGCAGUCGUGGCGUAGAACAACAAUGGACGAAUCAGAUGAAACCGAUACCGAAAAGGAGUCUCUAUUACCCAAAACAAAUCGCAGGAAGAGGUUUGCCUCAUCUUCAUCCGAGGAUGAGGCUGAUAAAUUUGCCGAUUCCGAUUCUCAAGAAGCGGCGGAGGAGGAGGUGGAUGAGGAUGAAGAAGCCUGUGAAUUAUUGGCCAAUGAACAUGGAGCGGUUUCUUCAUCGAUUGAUGAAGUUAUUAACCAUCCACUUGCUGCAUCAUCUGGCCUCAACAAAGAUGAUUCUAUGCAACUGAUUAGUGAUUUGUCGCAUGAAAAUCUUUGCAAAGAAACCUUAGAAAUUUCCCAGCAAGAAAUCGAUAAUGCGGCUGGUGGUGGCGCGACUGGUGCUGUUCAGUGUCAUUUACAUGAAAACAAUGAAAAAUAUGAGGUUGAUGUUGGUGUUGGCAUAACGCAUAUUGCUGCAAAAAAUCAGGGUUCAAGUGAUGAAAUGUUAAAGGUCAACGAUGAAAUAUUCUUGGAGGAGAAUCCCAGUCGGCAGGAGCAAGUGAAGGAUAAUGAGAAUAUGACCUUGAUGGUUGAUUCAAAAAUCAUGGAAAUUGACAAUGUCACUGAUUCAGGAGAACCUCUGAGAGGGGGUCAUGAGUGCGACGAAAAAUGUGUAAUGAUGGAUAAGGGUUAUUUGAAAAUAGUUCCUGAAAUUGUUGAGGCAUGUGAAUCACAGAGUACAAAGGAUGAACCUCACAUGUUAGAUGUCAAAACAGCCAAUGAAAAUCUUAAACUGUCCCUUAGUACCCCAGACAUAGUGACUGGAUGUGAGAUCCAACAAAAAACUAGGUGUGGUAGUUCAUUAGACAUUCAGACUCUUGUGAAGACGGGUGAAUUGGAACCCAACAAUCAACUGAGAGUUUCAGAAAAACAAAUAUAUUCUAAAACUGCAACGUACUCCAAUAUGCUCUCAGUCGGGUGCAAUUUAACCGCAAGCAAAUCAAUGGAAAUUGGUGCCAUUUUAUUAAAGGAUUCAGAGGAUUUUAAAAAUUCGAAACGCAAUGAACGCAGGGUCUCAUUUGACUUAACUUUGCAAAGCAUUGACAUUGACAACUUAAGUAAAUGCAAGGAGGAGGAGGAGGAGGACGAGGUAAAGGAAUGCCCGAAAAAAUCCAAUGAAAAUAUCGAAACUUCUAUUGAAAACGUAAAGGAGCUAAAAAUCCCUUUGAAAUCCAGCUCAGAAGAGGAAGAUCAAAUCCCCCAAACCCCAAUACAAAGUAGUUCAGAUGAUGAAGAAUUGAAAACCCCAAUUGGAAGCAGUCUCUCGCUGCAAGAUAAAGACAUGCAGCACGACACCUCAGAGGACACACCGACCAAAAAGCUAAGCGAACCUUCAAAUGACUUAAAUGUAAGUUCUUCGGAAACCCUACAAAUUCCCAACAAACUUGAUUGCAUUAACCUAAAUUUGCCUAGCAGCAAAUCAAUGGAGAUCUAUCAGAAAAACAAACGGGAACGUGUCAAUCGGCCAUUUGGCAGUUUCAAUGAUUUGUUUCUGAUACAUGGCGAGUCCAUGGAAAGCGAUCGCAAAUGGUUUGACCAGAAAGUGCAAUCAAAAACGGGUAUACAUGAGUUGACCAGUUUCGAAUCGGCCGAGGAGGGUGAUGAGAAAAUUCAUUAUCCCCCGGAAAAACUUUCAUUAGAUAGUCCCACGGCCUUUCAGACCAAGGAUGUAUUGGAAACACCCUCCAAAUACACCACAGACAGUAUAAGUGAUUUGAAUUUCAUACGGAGUCUUUCAAUUGCCAGUGAUCACCAUCAAAUAAGUCCACCCUACAGAAUUACCAAGCCAAAGGGUAGAAGUUCUAGUCUUUCGUUUAACUUCAAAAUGAGCAAAUCCAUGGAAAUGAUGGCCGGACACCUGCCCAGCAAUCGAGCACCAAAUCUCAACAAAUAUUUUGGUAGUUCCAAGGAUUUAUAUUUCUCAAGUUGUGAACAGCAGGAGGAGGAGGACAAUCCAAAUGAGCCACAAUCAGGUGCAGGAUUUCGGGAACAGGGACCAUCAAAAAGAAAUUCACUUAGCUCAAAAUUCCCCAUUGGCAUACCUCACAUACCGAAAGAUUCAUUGGAUUUGUAUCAUUCUGCAAUGGAUUUACCACAGCAAGGUAUCAACGACUCAACUACUGUUGUUCCGCCAACACCGGAAAUGGAAUCGGGUUAUUUUGAAAAAUCAGAUAGUUUACCACCACCACCACCAGUUAUUCCAUUGGCGUCCAAUGAGGAAGUCAACGACAAUACCGCUGAGGAGAAACCUAAACCCCAAUACGAUCAAGCAAUAUCGGAAAGUUUACGCGAUCAAUUGAACCGUUUCGAUUUUUUAAUAGAAACCAUGGAUCAACGUAAUGCCCGCAAUAUGGCAUCGAAUGCUGCCGAACGCGGCUAUUGGUCCACCAUUUUUGGCCAGGCCAGCGAAAUUGCAUCUCUCGAUGAAAUACCACCAGAAAAUAAAGCCCACAGAGCUCUCGAGCUUUUGGAGGAUUACCAUUCGAGACUGUCAGAACCUCAAGAUCGUGCCCUAAGAAUUGCCAUUGAACGUGUCAUACGCAUAUUUAAAUCAAGACUAUUCCAAGCACUGUUAGAUAUCCAAGAAUUUUAUGAACUAACAUUGCUGGAUGAUUCAAAGACAAUACAACAGAAGACAGUUGAAACUUUACAAAUUGCUAGCAAGUGGGAACAAGAUGGCCACACAGUUAAAAUAACAGAUAACCAAACUGUAAAAGUUGCUGCCGAAACGGAUAUAAAUCAAACAAAGAAUGAACAAAAUUUAACAGAUGUUUUAACGGACACUGAGCAACAGCAACAAACCAAUGGUCGCCAACAGCCGCCCGGAAGCACAGAAAUAAAUAGUGUAAGUCCAUAUGAAGUAUGUUUUUCAAGCUAUUAUAAAAUGUAAGUAAGACAGACGACUGCAGCCGAAGCACACAGUCACAGACAAAUGCCAUGAAUCAUUUUCCAAAUGUACAUUUCUCCAUAUCUCAAGUAAGUUAAAACUUUCAAUGGUCUCCCAUUGAAGGUAUGAGUGACUUUUCCAAUUUAGCAUAUAAGUGAUAAACAGUGUUUUGUGCCAAGUUUUUCGAUGUUGGUCAUUGUAUUUACAUAUAAAAAUAUGUAAAUGUUUGUUGUUACAUAUGUAUGUUUCCAAGAUACAUGCACAAAUGUCUUAUAACUUGUGUUAGGUGUUUACAGGAUUACAAAUCCUGGGUGACAUCUUUAUGAACACUAAUUAUAAAAAGUUUUCCAAAGCCUUUGAAAUAUUGCAAAUUUAUUUCUGCC